CCCGGGGCUCCGGGCGACGCCUGCGCAGUGCGGCCGCGGGGCGGUCGCUGUCGGGGCGCCGCCGAGCCGGGCCCCAGCGCCAUGGCGGAGGAGGUGAGCUGCCUGAUGAAGGCCACGGUGCUGAUGCGGCGGCCCGGGCGGGUGCAGGAGAUCGUGGGCGCCCUCCGCCGCGGCGGCGCGGGCAGCUUGCAGGUCAUUUCUGAUUUUGACAUGACCCUGAGCAGGUUUGCCUACAACGGGAAAAGGUGCCCUUCUUCCCACAAUAUUCUGGAUAGCAGCAAGAUCAUCAGUGAGGAGUGCCGGAAAGAGCUCCAAGAGCUCCUUCACCACUAUUACCCCAUUGAGAUUGACCCACACCGGACUGCCAAAGAGAAGUUACCUCACAUGGUGGAGUGGUGGACCAAAGCACACAAUCUCCUCUGUCAGCAGAAGAUCCAGAAAUCUCAGAUCACUCAGGUGGUCCGUGAGUCCAACGCCAUGCUGAGGGAGGGAUACGGGACGUUCUUCAACACCCUCCACCAAAACAACAUCCCUCUGUUCAUCUUCUCCGCGGGCAUUGGCGACAUCCUGGAAGAAAUCAUCCGUCAGAUGAAAGUGUUCCACUCCAACAUCCACAUCGUGUCCAACUACAUGGAUUUUGAUGAUGACGGUUUCCUCCGCGGAUUCAAGGGCCAGCUCAUCCACACGUAUAAUAAGAACAGCUCUGUGUGUGAGAACUCCGGAUACUUCCAGCAGCUGCAGGGCAGGACCAAUAUCCUCCUGCUGGGGGAUUCCAUGGGCGACCUGACCAUGGCUGACGGCGUGCCCGGCGUGCAGAACAUCCUCAGAGUUGGCUUCCUGAAUGACAAGGUGGCGGAGCGGCGGGAGCGCUACCUGGAUGCCUUUGACAUCGUGCUGGAGCAGGACGAGACGCUGGACGUGGUCAAUGGACUGCUGCAGCACAUCCUGGGCCAGGGGGGAACGGAUGGAGGCGUAGACCCCUGAGUUCCGACUGGCUGGGCCUGCAGUUGGGUCGUGGACAGCGGGGAUGACCCCCCUCCCCCAGCU